GUUUUCGUUGCCACACCGUGCAACAAGUUCGCGACAGGAGCGCUUUUUAAAAGAAAUUGUAUCUGAGGUGUCUCUCUUCGAACUACAAAUAUUUUGUAUAGGCGUACUUAUCACUUAAAAUGUCCACACCUGUCGGUCCAAAGCCCUCCAAUGUGGUAUGCCCCAAUUGUCAUCAGCAGGUGGUAACGCGCACCGAGGCCAAGGCCACAACAAAGACGCACAUAAUAGCUCUAAUUUUGUGCCUCACGUGUUGCUGGCCCUGCGCCUGCUGUUUGUAUUGCACCGAUUGUGCGCGCAACAUGGAUCAUUAUUGCCCCUCGUGCAAGGCUUUUGUCGGCCACUAUGAGCGUUAAGGCCACCUGCCUCAUGAGCAUGUUAUUGCCAUGUCGAUGUUUCCAAUAGCCACGUACAUUUUUUAUAUAUGUGUUCUUACGCACGGUCAAACUACGCUUAAGCAAAUGUUAUUCUAUUUAUUUAUAAUAAUAACUGCUUACUACAUUUAUAAACUCACUGAUAUACAAAUAUAUACUAUAUAGAUAAUUGAAACUCUAA